UCUCGGGGCCCUUCCCCCUUCUUUCCCAUCCCCAGGUUCCUCUCUCUCUCUCUCUCGUCCGCACGAGCCUCCUCCGCCUGUCGUUCAAACCCUAAAAAUUCAUCCUUUAGGGUUUGAUCUCGGGUUGUCGAGUUAGAGGGAGCGAAGGAUUCGGGUCGAUUCGUUUGGGGCUGGGAUAGAUAAUGGCAAGUACGAAAGGGGCUGCUAACUUUAGGAACUCGGCAUCCAGUGGAAAACAGUCGUUCCUUCCUCCGAAAAGCCCCUUUCCGACAAUGCCUGUGACUUAUUCCGACUAUGGGACCAUAGGAUCAAAGGGCAUCCCAAAGCCAAGAGAGGGGCACAGACACCAUCAGCGCACUUCGUCCGAGAGCUUUCUCGAGGAGCAGCCAUCGUGGCUUGAUGAUCUGCUUAAUGAGCCGGAGACACCCAUGAAGAGGGGAGCUCAUCGCCGCUCGACAAGCGACUCAUUUGCAUACAUGGAUGGAGCUAAUAUUUAUGCUAAUAUGGAUAAUUUAUCACAGCACGAAGGCAGGCAGCGGGACAUCACCUCACAAACUAUGUGGGGAGCUCAAGACUUUGAUCGCCAACAUGUUCCUUAUUAUGCUGAGGCAAAUUCAUUUGGGAAACCUCAGAAUAGAGGAUGGGAAGCCUUGAACAUGGUCAAUUAUCCAAGUGGUGCUCCAUUGGCAAAGGACAAGACUUUGCAUCCAGUUUCAACAUGUGUUCUAAGGGAUGUUGAUGCAGCAACAUCUAAUGUUACUGAGAAGAAGGAGCAGGAGCAAUCUCCACAAGAUUCAAGAGGUAUCUCUGAAAGAAAGAAGGAAGGCUCUCAUGCUAAGCACUUUGAUGUGGACCCAAAACGAGUUAAACAGCAAUUUGCUCAGCGCUCUCGGGUGCGGAAACUCCAGUACAUUGCUGAGCUGGAGAGAAAUGUUCAAGCCUUGCAGGCAGAAGGAAUGGAAGUUUCAGCUGAACUGGGAUUUCUGGAUCAGCAGAAUCUUAUAUUGAACUUGGAGAACAAAGCCUUGAAGCAACGAUUGGACAGUUUGACUCAGGAGCAUCUUAUAAAACGACUCCAGCAGGAGAUGUUGGAGCGAGAAAUAGCCCGGCUUCGAUCAUUGUAUCAACAGCAGCAGCAACAUUUGCAGCAACCACCUGCUCCAACCCAUGGUCGCAGUAGCAGUAGAGAUCUCGAGUCACGAUUCGCUAAUCUCUCUUUGAAACACGAAGACCCAAAUUCUGGGCGGGAGCCAGUCACAGGUCCUCUCAAUAUUUGAAGUUUCACUUGCAACCUACCUGUAUUUGGCGUAAGACAUUGCUUCGAGAAGUGAGCUGGAAACUUGGAAUCACAUCCAAGGUGAAUAACAUCAAGAGGUCAAUAACUUCAGUCUGAUCUUUGUUCCUUUUUACUCGUUUCAAUAUGCGCGCCUGGCGGUCAUCUUCAUCUCCCGUCCAUUUGUUGAUGCUCGACCGUCGGAGGUGUUAGGUUAUGCUUGUAGUUUCAUGCUUUUGCCACAUUUCUGUAUUCUCAUGAGCUACGAGUUCUUAGUUAAUUCCUUUGAUCUUGUUUUCCACCGCACGGUUUCUUUGAAGCUCAUUAAUUCAACGUCUCGAUCCUUUUGAUGCCAUGAAUGGUAUGUGGAUAUUUAUGCAAUAUCUGAAGGGUUUGUCGGCAACCUUCAUUUCCUGU